UCCUGCCGCAUCUUCUUCACUUGCCGGCAAGGCACUGAGCAAGGCCCUAUCGCGGCAUAAACAAAGCAGAGUAUGGAAAGCUACUGGAGCGAUUCAUUUUACAGGCCGCCAAGACCACGGAGGGCAGUCGACCACGACUUUGCGCCGCCGCCACCACAAGGUGCGGAGCUGGACAGGUUCAGCGGGCGGUGGAGCCACGCCGACCCCAACCCCGAGGGCAGCAACCAUGACGGGCAGGUCAUCUACGCAGGACCUCCUCCGGGUCCUGCGCGUCCCAAAAGCCCGCGCGCUCGUCGCAGGAGGGGCUCGACCGAGUUGGUCUAUAUCGACGAAUACGUUCGCCAUGGGUCCCACAGACACGCCUACGGGGAUCGGGAAUUUCAAAUGACGGCAGAGGAAGAGCACCAAACUACGUGCGACCCCGAUCAACCCGUCAACGUUCACGUGCAGCUCCAGUUGCCAAUCGCUCUGGACCUCGACGAUGAGCUGGGCGAACUGGCGCGGCUCCGAAGAGUGGGCGAUUUCAGAGCGGCCAAGAGCUUCUUCCGCAGCAAACUGGCAGAGCACAUCGGAAACCCCUACGUGUUUGUUCAGUAUGCAGAACUGCUCCUGGCCAUGGAGGAUUACAAGGCCCUCAAGUCGCUGCGGCCCCCGCCGAGCUUCGGGGUCAGCAUAGAGGAGGAAGGGCUUCGGCGGGCGCGGCGGGAAAAGGGGUUGAACACGGAAGACGGCGCGGACCCGUGGCUGGAUUUACAUCCCAGGGCGGAGGGGACCUUGCUUUUUUGGAACUGGUCGUUGAUCAAAAGUCUCGUAUUGAUCCAUGCAGACGAUUGCGUCUACAGCGUGGAGUGGCUGCGCAGUACAUUCAGCUACCUUGAUUUUCAGGACGAUCUGGGGUCAACAGAGGUGCAGAUUAUAGUCUUGAGUAUCAAGCUAUUCGUUGCUGCAUUCAAGUCUGCCUCCCAACUCAACCAUAUAGGAUCAUUACAAUCGGACUUUGAGCACUGGGUAGACUGGGGAAGCCUCUUUGCCAGCUUGUCAAGACAGAACCGCCACUGGGACUGCUGCGACCUCAAGGCCAUUGACGCCAUAGCGUUUGGCUACAGGGAGCACUGGAACUGGCAGAACAACCUCCCGGGCAGGGACAGGUUCGACUUUGACUUUACCGGGCCGUGGGAGCAGCUCGACCACGACGAGGCCAGCCUGCUGGCAUGUCUCGACCAGACGACUUCGGUCACCUUGGCUCACUUCACCGCCAAGCCCUACGUCAUAGACUACAUCAAAAAGUCGGCAAACAUGUUGUCCAUGAUGAACAGCGCCGCCGAGCUGCUGAAGCGCCACUACCCUGCCGCCAUGAGGAGCCGGCCGUUUGUCCGCUGGCUGAUCCUGUCGUCCCAGGCCGCAAGGGCGGCGGUGGCACAAGAGGAAGACGACAACAACUUUUCCACCGACAGGCAAUAUCCUCGCAGGAUUCCAUCGCCAGACGACUCAGCCGACCAAAGGUGGGACGAUGCUGCCGCAAAAGACCGUCAGGUCAUCCUGUGGAAGGGAGACUUUAGAAACCACGAGCAGUGGCUUGCCCUCAACAGGGGCGAGUUGGAUCCAGAAGAAUACUAUCGCAGAUGGGCUGCGCGGAAUCCCGAUGCCGCCCGGGCAGCGUGGAGUUCGAGGCCAUCUCUGGAACGAGAGCGGGAACGCCGCGACGCUGAGUCGGACUCUUGUGAUUCGGGAGACGAGUCUUCGCCUGUAGCUCGCGUGGCCAGGCGACGCUGGGAUAGCCAUUCAAGCAGUUCCGACGGAGAGGGUAGCUCCUGGUACCCGGAACACCAGUAUUACCCGCCGCCACCCAUCACCUCGGAGGUCGUUGACCGCAGGGAUGCUCCCGGCAUCCCCCCUGCCAGCAAAGCACCUGAUUCUCCAACAUUUACUCAGGGGCAAAAUACUGCAGAGCCGGCCGAGAUGGUGACGUCCAAGGAGCCAACUUGGACCUGGAGGCAACCCACCGUCAUCUCCACGGCCCCCGCGGAAGUCCAACGCCCCAGCGUCCCACCCGACGAAUCUGCCACGAGAUCCAGGCGCGCGCGGGUCGACGACGACUCAGAUUCGGACGCACCACCGCUUACGCGAGGGAGCCAAGACUACCACCCACACGAACCCCGGAUUAACUCCGCCCCGACCAGCCUCCACGGCAAUGUCGGACGCUACAGCUCGCAUCGAGAGCUAGACACGACUCCCGGCGCUGCGGAUCCCGUGCGCGAGAGACGGUACGCGAGCCCGAGGGGUGUGCGGUGGGAGGACCACGAGCGGCGGAGGCAGAACGACCGCAUCGGGAACAGGGCGCCGUCCGUCGUGACGUCCGAUGGGCCCUCCCACGCCCUCUCUGCCGAGGCCUCGGCGCCCCUGACCCCGGUUGUGAGGAAGCAGCAGAGGAUGGAGCCUGGCCGCAGGAGGCCCAGCGUCGCGGUGGUGCCGCUGCCGACGGAGGGCAUGCCAAGGACAGCGCCUCGCCGCGGAAGACCGAGCGUCACGAUUGCUGAUCCGGCGGUGGGAUCUAGUACUGCUGUUGAUGCAGCUGGUCUCGCGCAUGCCCAAGCAUUCGAGGGGGGCUCUUUGUCAAGCAAUCGCAUCACUCUACCCAAUUCAAGAGCCCACUACGAUAUAGACAAGAAAUGGUGGUAUUGCAACUGUAAUCCCGACCUCGCAGCCUCCAUCCGCAGAGUGAAUAAAGAGACCAAGAAUAAAGGACGCAGGUUCUGGACGUGCUCCAAGGACAGGUCGAUGAGCUGUGACUUUUUCCUCUGGGAAGAUGACGCCUGCGUCGUCGAGGCCCGGGCCGAGGGCCAAUCGCCGCCGUGACGCCCGCUUCGUUUCUUCCGCCUGGUGCAGAGCUGAAGUUUGGCGGUGGUAAAGUCAAGAUUAUCGUUGGGACAUGGUAGGAGCUAGCAGAUAUUUUCAUGGAUUGGGCGGCGCCGGAAAGCCCGACCAAGGAGUUGAGGACUUGGGGAGUACCGAGCAGGGGAUAAGGUGGAAGUGGGAACGUUAUUAGCAGGGUUUAUGGAGUGACAAAUUUUUAUUCCCCCAACGAACCCUAUUUUUAAAAGCUGUGCAUCAAAAUAGCGGUUCAUGAUCAAAAUAGAAGUUCAUGAAAAGUCACAGCAGCCGAUGUGAAAAGUUAAAAUACACACAUUGAGGGAUAUAGAUGACCGCAAUCAUCGAACCAAUCGUUGCG